AUGGCUACAGCUGCAACUACAAGCGCACUUCAGAGUGACCUAGAAAAGGGUCAGGUUGAGUCUGACCGCACUCGCCUGACCAGUUACGUGCGAGAUAUCACUUGCAAAGUCAUCCCCUUCUGUAUUGGAUUCCUCAUUGUCCUCUCUGCUGGCGCUAUGCUUGUUAUAACCCUCAACUUUGGCGAGGUGAUUCCGUCCAAGGACAUAAUCGUGGUAUCUAUAAUGCUCCUUGUAUUUUUUAUCCUUUUCUGUUUAGGCGGAAUGUUUCUCUAUCAUAGGAAACAUUACCCACCCCUGACAAAAGGACCUAAUGCUCCAGAUCGUCCUCCCCCAAAGAAUAGGACCUGGAAAGAAAGGGCUAGUGUAAUUGGUACAUUGACGAUAGGCAAGUUUGAACUUGGCAAAAUCCUUCAUCAUCAUCGUGAAACCGAACCCGCUGUUAAUUCCCAAGGUAUACCGAAUAACCCAACCGAGCUCCCAAGCUCACCCUCGCGUCGAGGACAACGUGCUCCUGGACAACCAUAUAACGUGCGGUCGUCGAAUACGGCUAAGAACCAGACACUUCCGGGCUAUGGUAUGAGAGAUAGGUCUCAACUUGCGCAGCUGAAUGAGAAACCCAUACGGCGGAUCCCCGUUUCGCCUCGUCUUCGUCAUAACUCUUAUGCGCCCUCGGAAGUAGUAAUACCUGAAGCACCUGAAGAGAACGAACAGGAUUACAUCCCAAAUGACAUAGACACGCUAGCUUCGCAGCGUUCGAAUACAAGGAAUAAACGCGUACGAGAUACUAACGUAGAUGGAGUAAGUUAUAUAAGUCACGACUCAAGUACUCAUCACAGAGAUCGUUACUCGGCCUAUUCACCAAAAGCAGAGAUGACAAGCGCAAAUAGAAAUCCACAGGCACAGAAUGGCCCUCAAAGCUCUCCGCGAACUCCUCAUGUGCCUGGAACUAGAACAUCUCGUGAAUUUCCCGUGCCUGCACUGCAACCAGACCCGCGAGUUGUUCGCCUGAAGGUAGACAAUACCGAACCCCUCGCAAAUUUAGUGCUCAUUCCGAAGAAUAUCAAUGAUCGAACACUUGCUAAGGUGUUUCCGGACAAUUACCUCUACAUAAUCGACAACCAGCUGAGCGAACCAGAUGACGAACCCGAUGCGGCUAGGCCUGGAUGUAAAUGCGAAUGUAAAUAUUACCGCAGGAAGAAACCAAGAAGCGAAGUCCAGGAACGGAAGAAGGAUGAAAAUUUAGAUUAUAUAGACGCAGCUAAGGGAUUGGGGACAGAAAACAUUGCCCCCAAAGCCACAAACGUCCAGGAGCGUCAAGACAUAGGAGGUCUGCCAGAUGAAGACGAUAGAUCCGAUAUAACUCACCCGUCGCCAACAUCACGUUCUCAUGCUGAGCCUCGACGAUACGAAACAAGUAAAAAGGGACACGCAACCUCUUCUAGCCAAAAACAUAAUCGAUCUAGAACCCUAGAUGGCCACGUGGGAUUACCCAAUCAUUGCCCGUCCCCUGAGCUCCCUUCUUUACCCCCCAAAACCAAGCCUCCUCCCAGCCGUAGGGAUCCGGAACCGUUCAGAGCCCAGGGCGAUUGGUGGAAGCACGGGUACCAUAAUUCUCACAACUACUUCCAAUCGAAAAAGGGAGUCAGCGAAAGGCCCCUGAACAGAUCAUGGGGUCAGCAGCGGAUCCCGCAGAAAAAGGGACGUAGAGCGAACACGAUGACGGAGGGAUACGCAAGUAGGAAACCCCCUCUAACUUUUACGGAGAAAGAGGAGCUCGCUAUCAGCCCAAGAACUAGAUACGCCGAUCAUUAUCCGUGCCGGACGCGUUGGGUACCGCCGCGUGCGAGCAGUAGAGGAUUCUCCGACGUCGUAGACGUCUAUGGGACGGCUAGUAGGACGGCUACUAGAAGUAGCAGUAGCUCAUCGGACUAUCGACGAUACGAGUGA